AUGCUCACCCCUCGUUCAUCUCCGGAUCCCAAAAAGUUCCAAGAGGAAUCUCCCACGACCGCAGCGCUGAAAUGCGCCUACCACCUGAUGCAACAACGGAUCAUUUCGAACCCGCACGACAUGAUGGGAGUCUUACUAUACGGGACGCAGGCGUCCAAGUUCUACGACGAAGACGAGAAUAGUCGCGGUGAUCUCUCUUAUCCGCAUUGCUAUCUUUUCACGGAUCUAGAUAUUCCUUCGGCGCGGGAGGUCAAGGAGCUUCGAGCGCUCGCGGAGGAUGAAGGAAAGGCUCGAGAGAUAUUGGUCCCCGGGGAGGAGCGCGUUUCCAUGGCUAACGUGCUCUUCUGCGCCAACCAAAUCUUCACAUCAAAGGCACCCAACUUUCUUUCUCGACGACUGUUCAUAGUAACCGAUAACGAUAACCCCCACGGCGACAACAAGAGCCUUCGCUCCGCCGCCACGGUGCGAGCCAAAGACUUGUACGACCUUGGUGUCACCAUUGAGAUAUUCCCGAUUUCCCAGCCGGACCAUGAGUUUGAUGGCUCCAAGUUCUAUGAUGACAUCAUUUACAAGUCCUCUCCGAAUGAUCCAGAGGCGCCUACCUAUCUACAAACCGACUCCAAAACCCUUACCGCCAACAGUGACGGGAUAGCGUUACUCAACACUUUGCUCUCCAGUAUCAACUCGCGAUCUGUCCCCCGCCGGGCUCAUUUCUCGAACAUGCCGCUCGAGAUAGGGCCAGACUUCAAGAUUUCAGUGUCGGGUUAUCUUCUCUUCCGACGUCAGGAGUCAGCCAGGAACUCCUACGUCUGGCUAGGGGGUGAAAAGCCUCAGAUUGUCAAAGGGACUACGACCCAGAUCGCAGAAAAUACGGCUCGGACAAUCGAAAAAUGGGAAAUCAAGAAAGCUUACAAGUUUGGCGGUGACCAAGUUUCUUUUACGCCCGAGGAGCAGAAAGCUUUGAGAGACUUUGGGGAGCCGGUGAUUCGGAUUGUUGGAUUCAAGCCUCUUUCGGCCCUCCCAUUCUGGGCCAACGUCAAGCAUCCGUAUUUCAUCUACCCGUCGGAGGAGGACUUUGUGGGCUCGACGAGGGUAUUUUCAGCCUUACACCAAAGCCUCUUGCGAAACAAAAAGAUGGCACUUGUUUGGUUCAUUCCACGCAAGAACGCAGGGCCCGUCUUGGGUGCCAUGUUAGCGGGGGAGGAAAAGCUGGACGAGACCGGAGUGCAGAAGUUUCCUCCCGGGAUGUGGAUUGUUCCCCUGCCAUUUGCCGAUGACGUUCGACAGAAUCCGGAGACCAGUUUGAACGUGGCACCGGAGCCACUGAUUGACCAAAUGCGAAUGGUCGUCCAGCAACUUCAACUCCCAAAGGCAUCUUACGAGCCUCUGAAAUACCCCAAUCCUUCGCUUCAAUGGCAUUACCGCAUCCUGCAGGCACUUGCUUUGGAUGAAGACCUCCCCGAGAAACCGGAGGAUAAGACGAUACCGAAAUAUCGCCAGAUCGACAAGCGAGCCGGUGACUAUGUGCUGUCCUGGGCCGACGAACUCGAGAAGCAGUAUGCACAAAUAGCGCCCUCCGGUCCCAAGAGCACGCUUGUCAAACGAAGCGCCAAAGAUCGUGCCUCUGACUCUGCGGAUGGAGGUGGACAUGCACCCAAGAAAGUGAAGACUGAAAAUUCAUCGGAAGGGAUUGAAAGUGACGUGCGUCUUCAUCAUCAGAAGGGAACUCUCUCUAAGCUUACGGUGGCCAUCCUCAAAGACUUCCUCACUUCUCACGGUCGCUCGGCUGCCGGGAAGAAAGCAGACCUUGUUGAACGGGUAGAGGAGUACCUGGAGCAAAAGUGA